AUGUGGUCAGCUGAUGAAAUUGCUGAGCUAUGUUACCUGCAUUAUAGGACCAGACUCCCUAAGCAGGGGAAACCAGAUCCAAACAGGGAAUGGACUUUACUGGCAGCUGUUGUCAAAGUGGAGUCUGCAACCCAAAGAGAGGUUCUUGCUAGUCCAGGGAAUCUGCAGGUAAUGAAGGAAGUUGUUGCUAUGGGAACUGGAACAAAAUGUAUUGGCCAAAACAAAAUGAGAAAAACCGGAGACAUUCUGAAUGACAGUCAUGCUGAAAUUGUGGCCAAGAGGAGCUUCCAGAGGUAUCUUCUCCAUCAGAUAUGGCUGGCAGCUUCCCAUCAGCAAUGCAGUAUCUUUAUUCCAGGAACUGAAACUGGGAAAUGGAAGCUCAAACCAAAUAUCAUAUUUGUUUUCUUCUCCAGUCAUACCCCAUGUGGAGAUGCUUCUAUUAUUCCAAUUUGUGAACCAGAGAACCAGCUUUCUAAGCCAGUGACUGGAGACGAUGCAGCUGGACAAUCAGCAGAGUGUAGCAGUAACCGUCAUCAUUUGGGUCCAGAAGAUAAAAGGAAAUUGGAGAAAAUGGCAAGUAAUCAUAUAAUCAAGAGAGUAAAAAUGGAUGAUGAUGGUCAUUUUUCUGUAAUCACUGAAGACCUGGGUGUUCAGCAAGUAUCUGUGAAACGAGAAGAUGAGACAAAUCCGAAGAGCUGUGAAUGUUCUGCAGAGAUGCAAACAGCUAAUAAGGAGACUGGCUUAGGGAGACCGAAGGUAGUAGAUGUUUACAGAACUGGAGCAAAAUGCGUACCUGGAGAGCUGGGUGAUGCCCGAAUACCUGGGCUACGGUAUCACCGUGUGGGACUAUUACGAGUGAAGCCAGGUCGUGGGGACAGAACAUGCUCUAUGUCCUGCAGUGAUAAACUGGCUCGCUGGAAUGUGUUAGGGUGUCAAGGAGCUCUUCUGAUGCAUUUCCUGCAGCAUCCGUUGUAUCUGUCAGCAAUUAUAGUGGGGAAAUGUCCAUAUAGCCAAGAAGCUAUGCGGAGAGCAAUUAUUGAAAGGUGUCAGCACAUCUCAUUUUUACCAGAUGGUUUUCUCGCUCAGGACGUUAAGCUGCUGCAAUCAGAUCUCCGAUUUGAACAUAGCCGUCAGGCAAUUCAGGAAGUUCAAACUAACAGCAAAACAAAACUUGUUCCUUGUAGCGCAGCUAUCAGUUGGAGUGCAGUCCCUGACCAACCUCUGGAUGUCACCUCAGAUGGCUUCCGGCAGGGAACAACAAAGAAGAGGAUUGGGAGCCAUCAGAGCAGAUCUAAGAUCUGUAAAGUGGAACUCUUCCAUGCAUUCCAAAAGCUGGUGACAAGCAUUUCACAAGAGGAUCUACCAGACACUCUCCGGUAA